ACCAAGAGCACACACACAGAUAACACAGUUGACGAGGAACGCAUAAGCAUAACAGAGAAGGUGCGUCGCAGUGUACAAGUGUUGCGUCGCGGUGAAACUAUUUAAGUGGAAUAAUUAUUAUAAAUUCAUUUAAAAUUGGUACAUCUACAUUGUUCUAACUCAGUCAAGAUGGAGCGGCGAUUCGUAAACGUUAUUUUGUUAGGAUUUGGCUUUAUGUUUGUCUUUACUGCGUUUCAAACAAUGGGGAAUAUAGAGAAAACGAUCCUCGACAGCAUAUCCCAAGAUGAUCCCUCGUUCACCGGCGACGGCUACACGUCUCUGGCCAUCAUCUACGCCACGCUGGCGGUAUGCAACUGGCUGGCGCCGUCCGCCAUCACGCUCACGGGCCCGCGCGGUGCCAUGAUCAUUGGUGCGCUCACUUACCUGUUCUUCAUAGUGACGUUCAUGUUCCCCCGCACCGCUUUGCUGUACGCGGCGAGCGUGUUGAUCGGUGCGGGCGCGGCCGCCAUAUGGACGGGGCAGGGCAACUACCUCACCGUCAACAGUGAUGCUGAGACCAUCUCCCGCAACUCUGGAGUGUUCUGGGCCAUGCUGCAGUGCAGUUUAUUUUUCGGUAACCUCUUCGUGUUCAUAAAGUUCCAAGGCAAGCAGCACAUCGACCAGGAGACGCGUAACAUGGUGUUCGGCUGUCUAACCGCAGUAUGCGCCCUUGGCAUAGUGUUCCUGCUGUUACUAAGGCCCGCUAAGCGCGCACCAGCUAUUGAAGAUGCCAAGAUUGAAGUUGUGAGCAAUGAGCCCACCAGUCCCUUGGACGCGUUCAAAGGAGCCCUGAGGUUGUUCUGCACGAGAGACAUGCUGUUGCUAAGUGUCACGUUCAUUUAUACUGGCGUGGAACUAUCGUUCUUCAGCGGAGUAUAUAGCCCGAGCAUUGGCUUCACGCUGUCUAUGGGCGAGAACGUGAAGCAGCUGGUCGGGCUGUCUGGAGUCUUCAUCGGCCUGGGAGAGGUGUUGGGUGGAGCUCUCUUCGGCAUCCUCGGCUCCCGCACGACCCGCUGGGGCCGCGACCCCAUCGUAUUCACUGGCUACCUCAUCCACAUCACCAGCUUCUUCCUAAUCUUCAUCAACCUACCCAACGUGGCGCCCUUCGGAGACACCAACGAAACCUCCUACAUCACCCCCUCGCCGCCUCUUGCCAUGCUCUGCAGUUUCCUGUUGGGCUUCGGUGAUGCGUGCUUCAAUACGCAAAUAUACUCCUUAUUGGGAGGGAACUAUGCCGAUAAUAGCACGUCGGCAUUUGCCCUGUUUAAAUUUACUCAGUCGCUGGCGGCCGCAGCGUGCUUCUUCUACUCGUCCCGCGCGCUGCUGUCGGUGCAGCUGGGCGUGCUGGCCGUGCUGGGCACGCUGGGCACGGCCGCCUUCUGCCGCGUGGAGAGCGCGGCGCGCGCGCGGCGCCGCGUCGAGGCGCAGGACCUCGACGAGAAGACGCCCGCCACGCACUCGCUCGCCGACAACGCCUUACAUUACGAUUGAACAGAGAAAACUAACAUCUGACUUAUUGGCAGUAAACAUUGUUACUGAAGAGUUUUAUUGGCAGCGUAUAACGUAUCUGUCUAAAGUGGGUGGGUGGGGUGCCAUUAUAGGGUAAACCUAUAAAUAAUAAAUAGGCAUCAUCACUUUACGUUGUACCGUGGAGUCAACAUUGAAUCGUAACUAAUGUGAUAUUUGUGACGAAACUUUUGUUUGUGUGAGUUUUGUAAUGGUUGCCGAUCACUACUAGCUAUUGACGGUGACAUGAAUAUGUCCAGUUACCUUUUGCUUGACUAAAAAACUAUCAAAUAAAUAUGUUCAAUAUUCGUUCAGAUGAAAUUUCGUUAGUGUUCAGCUAUCGACCACUACAAUUAAGCUGUCUCGAUAUUUUUAUGCAACUACCUACUGUAAACUCGAAUAAAAUGUAAUUGUAGGUAGAAAAGGAAAAUGAAUAAAUUAUUAGAUAAGUAAGUACCUAAUGUAUUUGCUAGCCAGCCUAUGGUAGGCUUAUUCCUGGUGGAUAAAAAAGAUGAGUUUAUAAUAUUGUUAUUCAAAUUGGUUCCAAUAAUAUAACAGUUUUGCAGAUUGUAUAAAAUACUUGAAUGUUUUUGAUAUUAUGUACAGUCAGCUGCAGAGAAAAGGUACCCUACAACCAUACUAAUUUACAGAACUUUGUAUGCAGGGGGGGGUGCCUUUUCUCUGCAGCUUACAUUUAUUUUAUCAGUUUUAUUUUUAAUCACAUUAAUAAUUAAUAGUUUAAAUAUCUUUGUCAUUUGAUAUUUAACAUGCCUCGCAGCAUAUAGAUUGCAUUGGUUGCAAAUCUAUAUCUUGAGUCACUUAACUUCAGACUCGGGUAAAUCCAUCUGUCAGAUUAAGCGAUUUUGAUAUAUUAAGAAAAGGUAAUAGGGUAGAUAUAUGCCGAGAGGGUCGAAGAGAUUUACCCAAGUUUGAAGUUAAGCGACACAGAUAGGUAUUAUAUGCAAUUGGUUAAGUUAACUUCUUUAAUCAUACUUGUUUAUGUAUUAUAUAUAUAAUAUUUUAUAUGCAAAUGCAUUGAUGAAGAAUUUGUCCUUGCCUAUGAUGAAUUAUUCCUGCACCUUUUAUCACAUGCCUCCUUGUCGCACACAACUUCAUAUGUCAAGUCGCGCUUCAUAUUAUGAAGUUGUAGGUACUGGACAAAGCAAGUUAUGAUUAUAUGAAUUGUGAUGUCCUGGUUAUCACAAGAUAUUUGUUAUGUUAAAUAAAAAUAAAAACCAUAUUAUCUAUAGCCAUAUAAAAGAUACACAAAUAAAAGUAGACUUUAUGAUUAUGAGAAUGGAACAUGACAAAAUCUUAUAUUUAAGUAGUUCCAUGUUUCAUAGUAAAACGGUAACAGAAGGUGCUGUCAGAUUAUAAAAAUGAUAUGAUAUUGUAAAUAUGAUAUCUUUGUAAAUAUACCAGGAAGAACAGAAUGUAAAUAAAUCAUGAGAUCAUGACGAAAAUUAUAGGCUACAUAUAAAUAUUGUAAACUGUAUAUAAAUUAUAAUUGAAUGCCAUCAAUUAUCACACAUAUACAAAUACAUACAUACUAUCCUAAAAUAUUAUAGGUUUUUGCCACAAAUGUUAUGUUGACAUGUUUUUUCUUAAAAUAUUAAAAUCUCAAAUUAACUCCAAAUUUCAAUAGUACAUUCCUAUUUUGACAAAUAUUGAAUUUUGUAUUUUUGUUGUCAUGCUUGGUCUGAAAGGAAAGCAUAUAAACCUUUGCCUUUGGUGAUUGAAUUUGUGUAGGCAAAAAUGCAUUUCGGAAAAAAUAAAAGUAUUCCUUUAAAGUUUAAACAUUCCAUUGCUUUGUACUAAUAUGUAAUUAAGAGAAAAUCUAAAUCAAACUAAAUUGGUAAUGUCUAGUCAAUUUUUUUUCCUGGCAUGCUUUACUUGCUGUACUCAAACUUUAUUAAUAGAAAAUAUAACUUAAGAAUAGAUAUUAUCAUAUAAUUAAGGCAAUAAAAUAUAUUAACAAUGAA